UUCCACAAGUUUCGAUUACAAUAAAAAACAUCCCAUGUUAUUGUGCAGCAAACAUAAGUUAACGGUGUUGUUAUUCAAUUACGAACACAAGCGGCUGCUCCACGCCGGACCGCAGCUACUCUUAUCUACUUUGCGUGAAUGUUGGUGGCCUUUAGGUGCGCGAAAUUUGGCAAGGAAGAUAGUUCGAGAAUGCGUUACCUGUAUUCGAAUGAAAGAUCCUACUGAUUUAUCCCCGCUCACGCCUGCCCAUUUCCUAAUUGGUCGGCCGUUGACCUGCCCUGCUAGCGAGGACCUGACGGAUGUGCAGCCUUCCCGCCUGUCUCGCUACGCCAGGAUCGAAGCCCUACGUCAACACUUCUGGCGUCGUUGGUCCACUGAAUACGUUACGGAGCUCCAGCGGCGAACCAAGUGGAAGACUCAGAAGGACGACAUAGCGUUAAACAGUCUCGUUCUAAUCAAAGACGAUAACCAGCCUCCUCUCAAAUGGCGGUUAGGCCGAGUCACGCGUCUAUACCCUGGGAGCGAUGGCGUGAACCGUGUCGCCGACAUCCUCACGGCGACAGGAACAAUACGACGCAGCUUUUCAAAGAUCUGCCCGCUACUACCAGAGCCGGCAGACCUAGACGGAUGAAGACUACUUUGGGAGAUGGUGCUCCCAAGGCCGGGGGCAUGUUCACGCACCUACUAGCGACACCUAGCGGCGCUGCGACGACAACUGCCAUACCGCCCCUCUCCGCGCUGAUCUUGUCUCGUUC